GUUGUAAACACCGUGAGAGGAGACGACGGCGUUACGUCAGUUAUGCAUCGUACGGCGCUACCGCGGGGACGGAAACUGGUUUUGCUUCGGACGUGGUCGCGGCUUUGUUGCAGCGAAAGUGCACGUACAUUGACCGAAGGAAGCCCUGCUCGCAGAUCUCUUAAUCGCGUUUGGCUGCACUCGUGAGUCAGCAAGUGCUGCCGGCCGUCUCCGCAUGGGUCUUCUCUACCACACACGUGCUUCGCGGCCAGGAAACCAAUGAGCGGUGUAUAGAUGGAGGAGUCUGCAGUGGUGUAAUACUUCUUCCCUCGCUCGCUUGGCCAGGGGCUACCGAGUGUCCAGCGCAAAUCUCAGGACUGCGGGAAAAAGGGCUUUCAAUUUACUGCAAAGUAUGAGGUUCGGUAAAAAAGAGCUCGUGCUGCUGAACCUCGUGUGCAUAGCGACAGCGGUGCUGUGGCAUCACCUUCGGCGCUGCGAAGACAUCCGAAUGCCGCCAGAUCCCGAGUACGACUACAUCGUCGUGGGAGCGGGUACAGCCGGUUCCGUGCUGGCUCGCCGGCUUCUGGACAACGCUGUAGGGGCGGACGGUGGGCCUGCGCAUGUUCUGCUUAUCGAAGCUGGCCGUGGCGAAGCUCCGUGGUACGCCUCUGUGCCGCUCCUCUCUAUGGCGCUACAAGCGACCUCCAUUGAUUGGCACUUCCUGACGACGCCGCAGAAAGACGCUCUACAGUGCUACAACAACCAGAGCUUGCGGUUGCCCCGUGGGAAAGCGUUAGGUGGCAGCUCCAACCUCUACUGCAUGAUCCACUCCAGACCCACCGCCGAGGACUGGGAAGAGUGGAACCGGCGGUGCCAGACGUGCGGACUCCAGGCUGAACGCGUGGCCGCCCUGUACCGCAAGCUGGAGUUCCUUGUCUCCGAUGAGCACGCGGACAGGACGCCAGAUGCAAGAAUUCCGGUGACGGACAACCCGUGCCGCGCCUCGGAGAUUUGUUCGGCCCUAAGUCAAGCGGCUGGAAAAAUCGGGCUCGGCCUCGACAAGGAAGAAAAUCAGAUGCAACAAAGUAAGGUGCUGGUGAUCUUCAAAAAUACUACGGCGGUUGGUGUCGAAGUCAUUUCUAACGACGUGAUUUACUACGUGGCUGCCAAACGUGAAGUCAUUAUUUCUGCAGGAGUGAUCGGAUCGCCUCAUGUCCUUUUGUUGUCCGGUAUUGGGUCAAGAGAUAUUUUGGACGAAUUCCGGAUACCCGUUAUUAGUGAACUUCGUGGAGUGGGACGCAACCUUCAAGACCACGUUACCGUACCCAUCUACGUCAACCUAAAAGCUCCCGUCAGCAUCGAUGAAUACAAGAUAAAGAGUUUGUGGCAAAUCUGGAAGUACAUCUGGGGUGAAGGUUACUUUGCCUCCACCGCAGUUGCAUCCGUUCUCAGAACGAAUGUCAAGGAACGCCACCUCCAAGCAAUGUUUAUAGCAAUGAAUUUUGGUUCCUUCAGAGAAGACAUACUUGCAAAAAUUUCUAACCUAAAGAAAGAGGAUAUGGCCGCUUCGUUUCCAGACAUAGGAAAAGACGACAAAGAAGGAUUUUUGCUGCUACCUGCCUGCCUUCAUCCAAAAUCCAAGGGUAGCGUUACCUUGAAUACAGGCAAUGCUCUUGACCCUCCAAUGAUUGACCCACGGUAUUUCAGCGAUCCCGACGACAUUCAGUGCAUGACUAAUGCAAUGAAAACAGCCCUGGCGCUUGUGUCGGACAAGGCCACGUCUCACCUGAGAGCGUCGGCGCACUUACCUAAGCUCCAGUACUGCAAUAAUUUGGAGGCAUCCGCUGAUAACGACGAUUUUCUAGAGUGCUGGGCUCGAGUGGCAGCCGGAUCACUCCACCAUCCGGUAGGGACGGUCGCCAUGGGUGACUCGUCGGACCCGUCGGCGGUGGUUGAUGGACACUUCAGGGUCAGAGGUGUGGAGAGAUUACGUGUCGUCGACGCAUCGGUCAUACCAUUUGCACUGUCAAGUACACCGCAUUCUGUUGUGAUGCUUCUAGCAGAGCGAGCCGCCGAAACCAUCAGCAACUCUUAAUACAGGUUAGUAAGCCAAAUCUCAUUGAAUAAUACAAAACUUUCUCAGAAUAACUAUAAUAAAUGUUGACAACAGUGAUGGCGAAAGAUCUUAUGAUGCAAUGCUAGUUGAUUAGUAUGGGGACCAAUACUAUUGGAGCUUUCUUACCAAACGAAUCUGUGUCAGUCUGCGUCAAAAGCACGUGCUAUCAAGAACAUUGAAUACCUUUCAAAGAUGGUAGUCAGAAGCUUAAGUCGCUUGCUGUUACUGCACAUUGCAUGGAAUAAGUCGCGUCGUAUCAAAGCUCAUUUGAAUAUUACGAGGAUAAUUUGCAUGAUCAUUUGCAGUUAGAAAC